UCCUACCCUACUAUAUACACAGUUAUGCAUAUGUUAUAGAAUCCACAUUUAUACGCUUCAAUUAAUCUCUUGUUGGUGAUUGUUCAUCUUGUUAUACCAUGAACAUGUCUAUGCUACACAAAUAUCAAUUCUUAGCAUUUGUAUUCAGCAUCAUAUUCUUAACCAAAGUUACCUCUUUUUAUUUCAAUUUCCCAACUUUCCAACCAAAUGAUGAAGCAAAUUUGUUACUAAGCAAAAACUCAAAAAUUUACUUAGAUGCCAUCCAAAUAACCCCAGACAUUCGUGGCAUAAUAGUGAAUUAUUCAGGACGUGCUUUUUACAACAAGCCAUACAAACUUUGGAACAAGAAAAAAAUUGCUUCUUUCAACACCACUUUUGUUCUCAACAUAACUCCUCAAACCUCCCCUGGUGGUGAAGGUGUAGCUUUUAUCUUAACUCCAAAUACAAAUCUCCCUGAAAACAGUGAAGGAAAAUGGCUUGGUAUUGUAAAUGCUUCCACAAAUGGAACUUCAAAAGCUGAAAUUCUUGCAGUUGAGUUUGACACAAAACAAAGUUCAACACAAGAUGGUCCUAGCAAUCAUGUUGGAAUCAAUAUUAAUAGCAUCAACUCUAUCAAACAAACAUCAUUAACAAACACUAAGGUUAAUCUUUCAUCUGGUACUAGUGUUACUAUAAGAAUUCAAUAUUUUAAUGAUGUAAUAUCUGUUUUUGGUUCAAUGAGUGAAACUUCACAUGAUUCUAUGGAGACCCUUUUGGUUUCUCCUCCUCUUAAUCUAUCUUCUUAUCUUAAACAAGAGGUUUUCGUCGGUUUCUCUGGCUCGACGAGCAAUUACACCGAGCUAAAUUGUGUAAAAGCAUGGGAAUUCAUUGGUUUAGAUAUUGGAGAUAAUAACAAAAAUAAUCUCUUGUGGGUUUGGAUUAUAAUUCCAAUGGUGAUACUCAUAAUUGGUUUGGUAACUUUCUUGAUUUAUUAUUGGCAAAAAAGAAGAAACAUAGAGAUUCAAGAAGAUGCAUAUCCAAGAAUAGAGGAUCAAAUUCAACACUCAUCUAUGUCACCUAAGAAAUAUACAUUAAAGGAAUUGAUAAAAGCAACAAAUGGAUUCAACCAUCAAAACAAACUUGGUGAAGGUGGAUUUGGAACUGUUUACAAGGGUAUUCUUGGAAAUAACAAUAAAGAGAUAGCUGUGAAAAGAGUUUCAAAAAAUUCAAGACAAGGUAAACAAGAAUUCGUAGCUGAAGUUACAACAAUUGGAAGUCUUCACCAUAAAAACUUAGUGAAACUAAUUGGUUGGUGCUAUGAAAAAAAAGAGCUUCUUCUUGUUUAUGAGUACAUGCCUAAUGGAAGCUUAGACAAGUACCUAUUUUUUCAUCCAAAUCAAAAUUCUUAUGCUACACUAAAUUGGGAAACUAGACAUAGUGUGAUACAUGGUGUGGCACAAGCGUUAGAUUAUCUUCACAAUGGUUGCGAAAAAAGGGUGUUACAUAGAGACAUUAAAGCAAGCAACAUAAUGUUGGACUUAGAAUUUAAUGCAAAAUUGGGUGAUUUUGGAUUAGCUAGAACAAUUCAAAAGAAAAAUGAAACUCAUCAUUCAACUAAGGAAAUUGCAGGAACACCUGGUUAUAUGGCACCUGAAACUUUUUUAACAGGAAGAGCAACGGUUGAAACUGAUGUGUAUGGUUUUGGUGUACUUGUUUUAGAAGUUGUGUGUGGAAAAAGACCAGGGAAUAAUAUUUAUGCACAAGAUGAUUAUAAAAAUAGUAUUGUGUAUUGGGUUUGGGAGCUUUACGGAAAAGGGAAUAUACUUAGUGCUUUGGAUAAAAGGGUAAUUAGUAGUAGUGAAAUGGAUGAUGAAGAAAUUGAAAUUGUGCUUGUUCUUGGGUUGGCUUGUUGUCAUCCAAAUCCACAUGAAAGGCCAACUAUGAGAAGUGUCUUGCAAGUUCUUAAUGGAGAAGCUAAUCCUCCAAUGGUUCCUAUUGAUAGACCUGCUUUUGUUUGGCCAGCUAUGCCUUCAUCUUUUAAAGAAAAUGAAGAUAGUUCUCUUAUUAAUGGAACUCUCACUCCAUUCACUGAAAUUUCUGGCAGAUAGAGACAUAUUAAGAGCUGUUUAUUUGUAAAAAUAUUUUUGUUUUUAUUUUUGAAAAUAUGUGGUAGUUUUAACUUAUUAAUAAGGACGUGAGAGACUAUUGAAAUAAACUAUUUCGAUGGAAACAAGAUAAAGUUUUAUAUGUAUUUACAUAAAUGAUGAAAAUAGUAUUUUAGAUA